AUGGCGCAGAAAGGAGAUCAGCUGGACCAGGAAAACUUUUCUUGUUCGAUCUGUUUGGAAGUUUUAAAGGAUCCGGUGACUAUUCCCUGUGGACACAGUUACUGUAUGAACUGUAUUAACAACUUCUGGGAUGAAGGAGAGAAGAAACUCCCCAGCUGUCCUCAGUGUAGACGGAUUUUCACAGAGAAGCCUGAGCUGGUGAAAAACACCAUGUUAGCAGCUUUAGUGGAGCAGCUGAAGAAGACGGGUCUCCAAGCUGCUCCUGCUGAUCACUGCUAUGCUGGACCUGAAGAUGUGGCCUGUGAUGUCUGCUCUGGGAGAAAACUGAAAGCUGUCAAGUCCUGUUUGGUCUGUCUGGUCUCUUACUGCCAGAAACACCUUCAACCUCAUCGUGAUUCAUCUUCAUUCAAGAAACACAAGCUGGUGGAUCCCUCCAAGAACCUGCAGGACAACAUCUGCCCCCGUCAUGACGAGGUGAUGAAGAUGUUCUGUCGUACUGAUCAGAAGUGUAUCUGUUAUCUCUGCUCUGUGGAUGAACAUAAAGGCCACGACACAGUCACAGCUGCAGCAGAAAGGACUGAGAGGCAGAGAGAGAUGGAGGGGAGUCGACAACAAAUCCAGCAGAGAAUCCAGGACAGAGAGAAAGAUGUGAAGCUGCUUCAGCAGGAGGUGGAGGCCGUCAAUCAGUCUGCUGAUAAAACAGUGGAGGACAGCUGCCCCUCACUGUCACCACUCAGUCAGUCCACACACUCCUCCAGCAUCAGCAUCCGUCCUCUCAGGUACUUUGAGGAUGUGACAGCAGCUGUGUCAGAGGUCAGAGGUCGACUACAGGACAUCCUGAUAGACACGUGGACAAACGUCUCACUGACCAUCACUGAGGUGGAUGUUUUACUGUCAGAUUCACAAUCAGAACCAAAGAGCAGAGCUGGAUUCUUGAAAUAUUCAUGUAAAAUCACUCUGGAUCCAAACACAGUAAACAGACGGCUGUUACUGUCAGAGGAGAACAGAAAGGUGACUUUAAUGGACAAAUAUCAGUCUUAUUCUAGACAUCCAGACAGAUUCACUAAUUGGUCUCAGGUCCUGAGUAGAGAGAGUCUGACUGGACGUCAUUACUGGGAGGUGGAGAAGAUAGCAGGUGGAGUUUAUGUAGCAGUUUCAUACGAGAAUAUCAGCAGAUCAGGGGAUGAAAGUUUAUUUGGAGAUAAUGACAAAUCUUGGUCACUACGUUGUUCCUCAGACAGUUAUGAAUUUUGCUACAACAGCAUCGACACCUCCAUCUCAGGUCCUCAGACCUCCAGAAUCGGAGUUUACCUGGAUCACAGAGCAGGAGUUCUGUCCUUCUACAGCGUCUCUGGAACCAUGACCCUCCUCCACAGAGUCCAGACCUCCUUCACUCAGCCGCUACACGCUGGAGUUUGGCUUUACUACAAUAAUGGAGCCUCAGCUGAGUUCUACUCGAGCACAAAGAGCCGCUGCAGGAACAUGUUCUGCUUGGAAGAUGCUGCUGGACGGUACCAGAGGGCGGUGCAGCGGUUCAGCUUCACUCUGCAGGGUGGAGGUCUGGGAACGCUCAGGAAACCUCCCAAGAUGAGUCACUUUACCCAGAUUCAGUCUGACCUCGUGUUUCCUGGUUCUCAGACUAGUUUCAUGUUUGAGGAAGUGAAACUGUCUCAGUCUCAGUUAUCGAGAGGAGAAAUGGCGCAGAAAGGAGUUGAGCUGGACCAGGAAAACUUUUCUUGUUCCAUCUGUUUGGAGAUUUUAAAGGAUCCGGUGACUAUUCCCUGUGGACACAGUUACUGUAUGAACUGUAUUAACAACUUCUGGGAUGAAGGAGAGAAGAAACUCCCCAGCUGUCCUCAGUGUAGACGGAUUUUCACAGAGAAGCCUGAGCUGGUGAAAAACACCAUGUUCGCAGCUUUAGUGGAGCAGCUGAAGAAGACGGGACUCCGAGCUGCUCCUGCUGAUCACUGCUAUGCUGGACCUGAAGAUGUGGCCUGUGAUGUCUGCUCUGGGAGAAAACUGAAAGCUGUCAAGUCCUGUUUGGUCUGUCUGGUCUCUUACUGCCAGAAACACCUUCAACCUCAUCAUGAUUCAUCUUCAUUCAAGAAACACAAGCUGGUGGAUCCCUCCAAGAACCUGCAGGACAACAUCUGCCCCCGUCAUGACGAGGUGAUGAAGAUGUUCUGUCGUACUGAUCAGAAGUGUAUCUGUUAUCUCUGCUCUGUGGAUGAACAUAAAGGCCACGACACGGUCUCAGCUGCAGCAGAAAGGACUGAGAGGCAGAGAGAGAUGGAGGUGAGUCGACAACAAAUCCAGCAGCAGAUCCAGGACAGAGAGAAAGAUGUGAAGCUGCUUCAGCAGGAGGGGGAGGCCAUCAAUCAGUCUGCUGAUAAAACAGUGGAGGACAGUGAGGAGAUCUUCACUGAGCUGAUCUCUCUCCUCCAGAAGAGAAGCUCUGAUGUGAAGCAGCAGAUCAGAUCCCAGCAGGAAACUGAAGUGAGGAGAGUCAGAGAGCUGGAGGAGAAGCUGCAGCAGGAGAUCAGUGACCUGAAGAGGAGAGACGCUGAGAUGAAGCAGCUCAGAGACAUCGAGGACCACAACCAGUUUCUCCACAGCUGCCCCUCACUGUCACCACUCAGUGAGUCCACACACUCCUCCAGCAUCAGCAUCCGUCCUCUCAGAUACUUCCAGGAUGUGACAGCAGCCGUGUCAGAGGUCAGAGGUCGACUACAGGACAUCCUGAGAGACACGUGGACAAACGUCUCACUGGCCAUCACUGAUGUGGAUGUUUUACUGUCAGAUUCACAAUCAGAACCAAAGAGCAGAGCUGGAUUCUUGAAGUAUUCAUGUGAAAUCACUCUGGAUCCAAACACAGUAAACAAACGGCUGUUACUGUCAGAGGAGAACAGAAAGGUGACUUUAAUGGACCAACCUCAGUCUUAUUCUAGACAUCCAGACAGAUUCACUACAUGUUUUCAGGUCCUGAGUAGAGAGAGUCUGACUGGACGUCAUUACUGGGAGGUGGAGAAGAAAGCAGGUGGAGUUGAUGUAGCAGUUUCAUACAAGAAUAUCAGCAGAUCAGGGGAUGAAGGUUUAUUUGGAAAUAAUGACAAAUCUUGGUCACUAGAUUGUUCCUCAGACAGUUAUGGAUUUUGGUACAACAAAAUCCAAACCUCCAUCUCAGGUCCUCAGACCUCCAGAAUAGGAGUUUACCUGGAUCACAGAGCAGGAGUUCUGUCCUUCUACAGCGUCUCUGGAACCAUGACCCUCCUCCACAGAGUCCAGACCUCCUUCACUCAGCCGCUACACGCUGGAGUUUGGGUUGGUAACACUGAAGACUCAGCUGAGUUCUGUAAACUCAAAUAGACGUAUUUACUCUUCAUGUCUUUAUUGAUUUUCUUUUCUUCUCAGAGACGAACGUCUCAAACUCUGAUGGAUGGAGGGAUGUUUUUGUUUUAUAAGUUGAUGUUUUGUUGUUAUUUCAUCUUUGGAUGUGAAAGUCGUUCUUUUGUAUUUUCACCUCGGAAAUAUUAAUAAUAUUAACAUGUUCUAUUUCAGUAUAAAAACAUAGAAAUAAGCCUGUGUUGUAAUUGUUGUUAACUAUUCAUUUUGAUGUGUUUCUAUGUUGCAUUUCACUUUUCUUCUUCAUGGACUCCAACAGACGACCCACCAGACCUUCUUCAUCUCUGAUAUCAUGUCUGCAUUCACACUCGUUUCCUCAUUCAUUAGCAAACCAAAUGUUCUUGUUUUCUAAAGAUAAAAACAUUUUUUCAGACUCGAGCACAAAGUAAAUGAUUUCAGAAAUGUUAGUGACCAGCAGCAACGCAGCAAACAGUUCAGUGAAGCCUCUAGUUGGUGUAAACUAGUGUGUUGGGGCCGGUAGUCAUAGCUGCAGCUGCAGGACCAGACUAGAUCUGCAGAUCACAUGUUGUUGAUGUCUAAAUCUGUUGAGGAUGUUUUGUGUUUAACAAUCUGAA